UGCGAUUUCGACAGUGCUUCGACUCGACAACUAACCUCCAGCCCUCCGUCCUUCCACAUCAGCAACCGCAAUCAUGUCUGACAACGGCGAAAUCGAGGUCGAGAGCCAGGCUGGCUACCCCGUUCUUCCUAAGGAGGUCACAGAGGAGAUUGGCAGCAUCAAGCUGUUCAACAAGUGGUCUUACGAGGAGGUCGAAGUCCGCGACAUCUCGCUCACCGACUACAUCCAGAUCCGCUCGCCUGUCUACACAUCGCACUCUGCCGGCCGAUAUGCCGUCAAGCGAUUCAGGAAGGCCCAGUGCCCCAUCAUUGAGCGCCUCACCAACUCGCUCAUGAUGAACGGCCGCAACAACGGAAAGAAGCUCAUGGCUGUCCGCAUUGUCGCCCACGCCUUCGAGAUCAUCCACAUCAUGACCGACCAGAACCCCAUCCAGGUCGCCGUCGAUGCCAUCGUUAACUGCGGUCCCCGCGAAGACUCCACCCGUAUCGGUUCCGCUGGUACCGUCCGUCGCCAGGCCGUCGAUGUCUCGCCCCUCCGCCGCGUCAACCAGGCCAUCGCCCUUCUGACCAUCGGUGCCCGUGAGGCCGCUUUCCGCAACGUCAAGACCAUUGCCGAGUGCCUUGCUGAGGAGCUGAUCAACGCCGCCAAGGGAUCCUCCAACUCGUACGCCAUCAAGAAGAAGGACGAGCUCGAGCGUGUCGCCAAGUCCAACCGAUAAACGGUUUCAGGGCUGUGGUGUGUACUUACUGGUGGUGUCUGGAAGGAGUUUUUAUCCUGGCAUGGUUCUAUGGUAUGGGGGAUCUGAUGCAUUGUCAACGGCUCUCUAGGCGAAUAAACACCUCUUUCAUGGUUGCAUGAUUAAAAUGGACAAUUCGAUACCACUUUCGAGAACCUCUUAGGUGUUGUGCUGUACGUGAAGGGUGUGCUUGGGACGAGAGACAGACAGAGGUCGCCGCGCCGCAUAGUCAGGCUAAAAAGUAUCAGCUUCAAGUAGAUGACAUGUAGUGAGAUGACGAAUCCAGACAUGUCUUA